UUGGAUUCAAAACUGAUCAGUCAUGCGGGAUCUUCCAUCAGACCCACCAUUUCUGAUGGUUUGACUGCGUGGUCUGUCAGGCUGGGAAAAACUGAGAGUGGUCCCCAAGUGUGGUAAGAGCUUUCAUCAGUCAUUGAGCUUCAUGAACCACUAACUGUUUUCAACAGCUGACUGACAGUUCUAACGUGUAAGCAAGUAAGCUGUCAACACACAGGGUCCAUCUGUUGUAAAUCUUUUAAAACAAAAGCAGUUAGAUGAUAGAGAACCUUUCAAAAAGUGCUUUUGUAAAGCCACCUACGUUCAUGAAUCAGUGAUGCAUUCAUUCUUGGGAGAAACAAUUCAUAUCUGAAGUGUAUAAUCAGGAUUUCUGGCGACCAUUAUAUCUGAUGAAUAACCCACGCAUUCACAUGCGGAAAAAAACACUCACAUGUGAUGUGUGUGACAAGUCAGCCUCAUCGUCAUCAAACCUCUCCAUGCACCAGCAUAUUCACACAGAGGAGAAGCCGUUCAUGUGCAGGCAGUGUGGAAAAUCAUUCUCCCAGUCAUCAAAACUCCUCGUCCACCAACGUAUCCACACAGGGGAGAAACCAUUCCAGUGCAAGGUAUGUGACAAAUCAUUCUCACAAUCACGAUACCUUCGCACACACCAAUGUGUCCACACGGGGGAAAAACCCUUCCAUUGUGAGGUAUGUGACAAGUCCUUCUCACAGUCAGGAUACCUACGUAUACACCAACGCGUCCACACAGGAGAGAAGCCAUUUCGAUGCGAGGUGUGUGACAAAUCAUUCUCGCAGUCAGGAUACCUGCACACACACCAGCGUGUCCAUACAGGAGAGAAACCUUUCUAUUGUGAGGUGUGUGACAAAUCCUUUUCACAGGCAGGAUACCUCCGCAUACACCGACGUAUUCAUGCAGGAGACAAAUUGUUUAAGUGUGAGGUAUGUGACAAAUCAUUCCCCACUUCAUUGAGACUCCUGUUCCAUCAGAGGAUUCACACAGGGGAGAAGCCAUUCAAGUGUGACUUGUGUGACAAGUCAUUCUCACAGUCAGGAAACCUCCACUUACACCGACGUGUCCACACAGGGGAGAAACCAUUCACCUGUGACUUGUGUGACAAAUCCUUCUCACAUUCAGGAUCCCUGACCCUACAUCAGCGUGUACACACAGGAGAGAAACCAUUCAGCUGUGAACUGUGUGACAAAUCUUUCUCAUGGUCAGGAUCCCUCCGCAUACACCGACGUAUGCACACAGGAGAGAAACCUUUUCGGUGUGAAGUGUGUGACAAAUCAUUCGCGCGAGCAGUAUUCCUCCGUACGCACCAACGUGUGCACACAGGAGAGAAACCUUUCCAUUGUGAGGUGUGUGACAAAUCAUUCACACAGUCAGGAUACCUGCACAUACACCAACGUAUUCACACAGGAGAGAAGUUGUUUCAGUGUGAUGUAUGUGACAAAUCAUUCCCCACUUCAUCAGGACUCCUGUUCCAUCAGAGGAUUCACACCGGAGAGAAACCUUUCCGAUGUGAAGUGUGUGACAAAUCAUUCUCAUCAUCAUCGAAUCUCCGCAUCCAUGAACGUGUCCACACAGGGGAGAAACCUUUCCAAUGUGAGGUGUGUGACAAAUCAUUCACGCAGUCAGGAUAUCUCCGCACGCACCAGCGUAUUCACACAGGAGAGAAGUUGUUUAAAUGCGAGGUGUGUGACAAAUCAUUCCCCACUUCACAAAGACUCCUGAUCCAUCAGAGGAUUCACACAGGAGAAAAACCAUUCAGGUGUGAGGUGUGUAAUAAAUCAUUUACACAGUCAGGAAACCUUCGCACACACCAACGAACACACACAGGAGAGAAGUUGUUUAAGUGUUAGUUUUAUGAAAAGUCAUUCUCCACCUCUUGGAGAUUCCUAUUCCACUAGAGGAUUCAUACUUGUGAGAAACCAUGCUGUUGGAAGUUGUGUCACAACUCAUUCUUGGAGUAAUUGAAUCUACACAGGCAUCAAUUUAUUCAUACAGGGAAGACCAUUCAUAUGUGACAUGUGUAUCAAAUCAUUCUUGAAUUUAUCAACUCUUUGCAGUCACCAAAGCAUUCACACAAAGAGGUUACAUUCACACAUGAAAUUCACAGGAAAUCAUUCUCAAGUUCUUUGAAUUUCCUGUUCCAUCAGAGGACCCACACAGGGGAGUAUCUCUUCAUACGUGAUUUGAUGAUGAACCUUUCAUGAUGUUUUCAAACAUUUGGGAAUCCACACGACUCAGACAGGAGAAAAUUUUCAGAUGCAAUGUUGGUGACAGUUUCUAAACAGGCGGUGAUCAGGAGUUUCACCAGUGAAACUCCCGAUCAACCAAAACACUCACAGGGAAGUAACCCUUUCUGAGUGAGAUCUGUAAUAAAGCAUGAUUGUCGGACUUUCUGGAUCUUUGGAUCUCUUGGAAUAUUGAUGAAGUGAUGUGGCAUACCUUCUAGCAUGAUGUGUGUCAGGAUUGUUUCACUAUCUCCUCCUCUGUCACCAAACACUGACAUCUCCACAUGGACUUGAAGCUGGGUCAACUGCUUGUGUGGCACUGAGAGCUGUCUAUGUUGUUUCCCCUUCAGUGCUCACACAGAAGAGAUGUCAUUUCAAGGCACUAUCCAUCUCAGCAUGUCUGUCUCAUACCUCUCACCCUGUCAGUCCAUUCAGGAAGAUCAAUUUAAUCUUUGAACUGAUCACCAAAAGAAGGCACUCGCAGAGGACCACUUCAAGUGUAAGGUUUGAAAUGAGCUCAGUUUGAAGGAUGUUCAGUGGGACUGGGGCCCAGAACAAUAAGCAGUUUUCAGUCUCAUCAAGCAACUAGUGUUGAGGGGCUUGAAGUCCAUUGUUAUAGACAUUUUGUGAGUUUUAAAACAAAUAUUUUUCCUUAUACUGCACACUUGUUUGUAAUUGAUUGUGAUUUCUUUUAUUCCAUUUUUUAAACUGUGUGAGUGUCUUUCCCCCGUUUCUCUUUUUGUGCGCUCUGACUUUGUAGGGAAUACAGUAACAUUGGUAAAGUUAAA